AUGGCGGCCGCUGGGCACAGCGACAGCGACACGGAGUUCGGGCUCUUCUCGCGCCACGGGGACUAUGCGCGUCAGAGUUCUCUCGAGCAAGAGCGGGACCUGCCGUCGGCGAGGCAGAGGUUGCGCGACAUGCUUGAGGAUCCUUCGUCGUCGGGCGCCGCGCAGGCGGUCCAGUACUUCAUCGUCGGCGCCAUCAUCACCGGCUCGCUGAUUACCGUGGUGGAGACCAUGCCGUCCAUGCGCACUCACGCGCCGUUCCUCUACGUGAUGGAUUUUCUGGUGACGAUCGUCUACUCUAUUGAGAUCGUUCUGCGGUUGUACACCACGGACAGCUGCGUGGGUUUCUGCGGGGUACGGUGGCGGACAACAUCGUUGACGUGGUCUCGACACUGCCUGGAUACCUCGAGCUCGUCAUCAGAGCAUACGGCGAGUCCCCGAAGACGGCGGCGGCUGUGGCUCCGAUCCGGAUCCUCCGGAUCUUCAGGGUGGUGCGCCUUCUCAGGGUUGUCCGGGUGA